AUGUGGUUGUACAGUGCAACCGUAUUGACUGCUUUUACUUAUUUGGUAUGUUCCAGUAAUCUAUUUGAUGCCAAAAAACGACUCAAAAAGAAUGGAAAUCAUACAUCAUCAGUAAAUUAUCGUCGACGUUAUCGUUUACCAUUAGCUGAUAAAGAAGAGAUACAAAUUCCAAUGAGAAUACCUAAAUUAUCAAGAGCACAAAAAAUAGCAUUGAUUAUUGAAUCAGGACAAAAUCCAUUUGAAAAGAAGCGAAAACGAAAAGAGAAAGGAAAAAUACGCUUAAGAAAGCUAAGACAUGUGCGACAAUAUCCGAACAAUGCAUUUUUGUUGUUGGAUGAUAACGAUGGUGAUGAAUUGCAAUGGAAUAUUAAUAUGUAUCGUGAAAGUGAUACUGAUAAAAUGCAGAAACAACAACAACAAUCUGGAAGAUUCGAGAAUUCUCGAUGGGAAGCAGAUACGGAAUUAGCAACAACAACAGUCAAAACUGAAUGGGAAAAUAUAAAAAAGUCAUACAAUGGAAGUAAUCAUUGGGAAAGUUCAACAUUAUGGUACUGGGAUACUUCAACAAAUCCAACAUACUGGCAUACCUCAGUGACAUCUAAUUCUUGGCAAACAACUACCAAACAUCCACUUUGGAGGCAAAAUAUUGAAACAGUUGCAACACCAGGUACAUCGCCAAAACCAAAUCAACCACUUGCUCUACCAAUGAAAAAUUGUCCACAUCGCUUUGAUGCAGUUACACGUGCAUUUAACGGUCGUACAUAUGUAUUUGCUCGUGAUCGUGUAUAUCAGCUGUGGAGACAUGAUAAUUUACAUCAAAAAGCAUCAUUUCUUAUCAGUGAGAUGUUUCCAAAAGGUCCACGUACCGUUACCGUAGCAUACACUAAUAGUAGAAGUGGUGUAACGGUACUUAUUGAACAUCAAACAGUUUACCGAUAUCGAUGGAAUCGAAAGAAUAAAGUUUUCUAUCUUGCUCGAAAGAGUCCUCAGACAUUAACAACAAAAAUGCCCGUAUAUCCCCGUGCAGGAUUUCAAUGGGUAGAUGGUAAUCAAGUUCUUGUCGAAGGAGAUAAUUUUGCAACAUACGAUGCAUACUGGAAUGUUGCAACAUUUUCUGGCUUAACAACAAAUUAUUUUCCACAAUUUCCACGCGAUUUAAUUGGAUUAACUUAUCAGAAUGAUACCUUUUUCAUUCUUUAUACAGCAUCCAAUAAAAUACAGAUUUAUGAUACGGGCAAAUAUCGAGUGAUACAAGAAUACCCUAUUCAAAUUAGCGAAUUCGUGGGUUGCUUUAAUGGGUAG